UCACUCACCAGUGAACAAAACUAAAUAAAAAUAUCCCUUUGGAAAAUAUGGCUAAAUAGUGUAAACAAUCAACACAGAUUUACCAAAACAAGAAAAAUUUCUUCGCGAAUUAAACCUAACGGAACUGUGCGAUACGUGUUUAGUUUAGUUUCUCCUGGCAAACAAUAGUCGUUUUCCAACACCUGCAGUCCGCAGUUUCUUGUUGUUAAUAGUCGGAAACCACAGCUCUAGACAAGUGCGAAAAUUGAACCAGUGGCAGGCAGUGCAAUGAACAAACUGAAAUCCAGCACGCACCGCGAUAAGGUGAAGAAGUUCAUAUCACUGACACACACGGGCGAACAGACGGCUAUAUUUUGUUUGCAACAGAACGACUGGAAAUUCGAGUUGGCCAGCGACAAUUACUUCCAGAAUCCGGAGUACUAUUACCGGGAGUUGGAUCGCAAGCGCAUCGAGCAGCUAUUCAUGCGCUAUCGGGAUCCCAGCGAUCCCCUGAAGAUCGGAUCCCAGGGCGUAAUCCACUUCCUGGAGGAUUUGGACCUGAAGCCAGACUCAAAACUGGUGCUGAUCAUAGCGUGGAAAUUCCACGCCGAGGUACAGUGCGAAUUCUCGCGGGAUGAGUUUAUCAAUGGCAUGUGCGACCUGGGCAUCGAUAGUAUCGACAAGCUAAAGACCAAGCUGCCCAUCCUUGAGCAGGAGCUGAACGACGCCGGCAAGUUCAAGGACUUUUACCACUUUACCUUCAACUACGCCAAGGAUCCGGGCCAAAAAGGCAUUGACCUGGAAAUGGCAAUCGCCUACUGGUGCAUCGUUCUUAGUGGGCGCUUCAAGUUCUUGGACAUCUGGUGCCAGUUCCUCGAGGAGAAACACAAGCGGGCCAUUUCGCGAGAUACGUGGAACCUGCUGCUCGACUUUGCCACCAACAUCGACGACCGGAUGAGCAACUACGAUUCGGAGGGCGCCUGGCCGGUUCUAAUAGACGACUUUGUGGAGUGGUGCCAGGAGAACGAUCAUCUCAAGGAGGACUCCUCGCCGGGAUCCGGCUACCAGCAGCAGUCCAGUGCUAGCUCAAGCUCCCAAAAGAACAUAUCCAGCGCCUACCAGACCUCGCACAGUACAAACAUGAACUAUGGCUAACGAAUUGUUACACUGUAUUGUAUUCUCAUUAAUGAUAGAUUUGCUUUUAUUCUGAUUAUUUUAAAUAACGGAGAAUCUAAGCAAGGCCGGUAAAUUUACAUUUUCUCUACAAAAGCGUCAUAAUAAAUAAAUAAAGUUAGUAAAUGUAA